UUUCUUGCACUACAUCUCUAACUUCUAACUUUUUUUUCGCUGCAGCUGUGCUUUCAUUCCCUCGUCCUUGUUGGCCGACUUUCCUUUUAAGCCCUUGCCCCACCUCCGUGUCGCAGUAUUGCUUAUGUGGAAGUUUUCUCCUGUUCCGGCGAAGAUGUGUACUUCAGACUGUUCUGCCCCUGUUCUCUGGCUGUGGGGACGUUUUUAAGGAGUUUUCUAACCACGUAACCUCUCAGACCUGAACCACAACAACAUUGUUCCUGGAGCUCCUCUUUUUAAGGUAGAACUUUAGACUUCAUAGCACUGAAUUAACCUGCACUGAAAGCUGUUUACCUGCAGUUGUUCACUUUUGUUGAAAGUGACCAUGUCUCAAGUUCAAGUGCAAGUUCAGAACCCAUCUGCUGCUCUCUCAGGGAGCCAAAUACUGAACAAGAACCAGUCUCUUCUCUCACAGCCUUUGAUGAGUAUUCCUUCUACUACUAGCUCUCUGCCCUCUGAAAAUGCAGGUAGACCUAUUCAAAACUCUGCUUUACCCUCUGCAUCUAUUACAUCCACCAGUGCAGCUGCAGUUCCUUCUAGCAUGGCACACCCCAAAGAGAAAACCCCAAUGUGUCUUGUGAAUGAGUUAGCCCGUUUCAACAAGAUUCAGCCUGAGUAUAAGCUUUUGCGUGAGCAAGGUCCAGCUCACUGUAAGGUGUUUACAGUACAGCUAACACUUGGAGAUCAGCACUGGGAAGCUGAAGGAACUAGUAUUAAAAAAGCCCAACACACAGCUGCUGCCAAAGCUUUGGAAGGAACAAAAUUUCCUAAACCCAUAGUCCGCCCUUUUCGUAGCGAAGGAAGGAAUCCAGACAGCAUAACCCCUACUGUAGAGCUAAAUGCACUGUGCAUGAAACUUGGAAAAAAACCAAUGUAUAAGCCUGUUGACCCUUAUUCUCGGAUGCCGUCCACCUACAGCUACAACAUGAGAGGAGGUGCUUAUCCCCCAAGGUACUUUUACCCAUUUCCAGUACCACCCUUACUGUAUCAAGUUGAACUUUCUGUGGGAGGACAGCAAUUUAAUGGGAAAGGAAAGACAAGACAGGCUGCAAAACACGAUGCUGCUGCGAAAGCUUUGAGGAUCCUGCAGAAUGAGCCCCUGCCUGAGAGGCUGGAGGUGAAUGGAAGAGAAUCAGAAGAAGAAAAUCUCAAUAAGUCUGAAAUAAGUCAAGUGUUUGAGAUUGCACUUAAACGGAACUUGCCUGUGAAUUUUGAGGUUGCCCGGGAGACUGGCCCACCCCACAUGAAGAGCUUUGUGACCAAGGUAUCGGUUGGGGAGUUUGUCGGGGAAGGUGAAGGCAAGAGCAAGAAGAUUUCAAAAAAAAAUGCUGCUAUAGCUAUUCUUGAGGAGCUGAAGAAGUUACCACCCCUGCCUGCAGUUGAGCGGGUGAAGCCCCGAAUCAAAAAGAAAACAAAACCCAUAGUUAGGGUACAGAGCAGCCCAGAACAUGGCCAGCUGAUGAACCCAAUUAGCAGACUGGCCCAGAUCCAGCAGGCGAAAAAGGAGAAGGAGCCGGAGUACAUACUCCUCACAGAGCGAGGCCUCCCGCGCCGCAGGGAGUUUGUGAUGCAGGUGAAGGUGGGAAACCAUACCGCGGAGGGAACGGGCACCAAUAAGAAGGUGGCCAAACGCAACGCAGCCGAGAACAUGCUGGAGAUUCUUGGUUUCAAAGUCCCGCAGGCUCAGCCCACGAAACCAGCCCUCAAAUCAGAGGAGAAGACGCCCAUAAAGAAACCAGGGGAUGGAAGAAAAGUAACCUUUUUUGAACCUGGCUGUGGGGAUGAAAAUGGGACUAGCAAUAAAGAGGACGAGUUUAGGAUGCCUUAUCUUAGUCAUCAGCAGCUGCCUGCUGGAAUUCUUCCCAUGGUGCCUGAGGUUGCCCAGGCUGUAGGAGUCAGUCAAGGACAUCACACCAAAGAUUUUACCCGGGCAGCUCCGAAUCCUGCCAAGGCCACAGUAACUGCCAUGAUAGCCCGUGAAUUGUUGUAUGGGGGCACCUCGCCCACAGCGGAGACCAUUUUAAAGAAUAACAUCUCUUCAGGCCACGUACCCCAUGGACCUCUUACAAGACCCUCUGAGCAGCUGGACUAUCUUUCCAGAGUCCAGGGAUUCCAGGUUGAAUACAAAGACUUCCCUAAAAACAACAAGAACGAAUUUGUGUCUCUUAUCAAUUGCUCCUCUCAGCCACCUCUGAUCAGCCACGGCAUUGGAAAGGAUUUGGAGUCCUGCCAUGACAUGGCUGCACUGAACAUUUUAAAGCUGCUGUCUGAGAUGGACCAACAAAGUGCAGAGAUGCCAAGAACAGGAAAUGGACCAAUGUCUGUGUGUGGGAGGUGCUGAACCCCUUCUGGCCAUGAACCAUUGUAAAAUCCCCAACAUAUACUGAAAAUACUGAAACUGCUUUGAAAAUUUGGAAUUUCUGAUACCUCUAGUGUGCCGAGAGACAUGAUGGGUAAAGAACUGGAAACAGCAGUGGUGACGAAGGCAAGAAUGCAAGG